UUUAUUAUGGACUACGAAAGGCCCAACGUAGAGACCAUCAAGUGUGUAGUUGUGGGAGACAACGCCGUGGGGAAGACUCGACUCAUUUGUGCCCGAGCGUGCAACACGACCCUCACCCAGUACCAGCUGCUGGCGACCCAUGUACCCACCGUCUGGGCUAUUGAUCAGUACCGAGUCUGUCAAGAGGUCUUAGAGCGUUCUCGUGAUGUGGUGGACGAAGUUAGCGUGUCCCUCAGGCUGUGGGACACUUUCGGGGACCACCAUAAGGACAGGCGCUUUGCAUAUGGAAGGUCUGACGUGGUGGUGUUGUGCUUCUCCAUUGCCAACCCCAACUCCCUCCAUCACGUCAAGACAAUGUGGUAUCUGGAGAUCAAGCACUUCUGUCCGAGGACACCCGUCAUUCUUGUGGGAUGCCAGCUCGAUCUGCGGUACGCCGACCUGGAAGCCGUCAAUCGAGCCAGGCGACCAUUAGCGAGGCCCAUAAAACCCAGUGACAUUUUACCGCCUGAGAGUGGCAGGGAAGUUGCCAAAGAGCUCGGCAUUCCAUACUAUGAGACAAGCGUCUUUGACCAGUUUGGCAUCAAGGACAUCUUUGACAACGCAAUUCGAGCCGCUCUUAUCUCCAGGCGACACCUGCAGUUCUGGAAGUCCCACCUGAGGAAGGUGCAGAAGCCCCUGCUGCAGGCCCCGUUCCUGCCUCCCAAGGCACCCCCGCCGCUCAUCAAAAUCCCAGAAUGCCCCCCCAACAACAGAGACGGCCCCAGACAGCUGCUGGAAAGCCCCCUCUGCGCCGACGUGAUGUUCAUCCUGCAGGACCACAUCCACCUCUUCGCCCACAAGAUCUACCUGUCUACCUCAUCGUCCAAGUUCUACGACCUCUUUCAGAUGGACAUCUCGGACGAGUCCCAGUGCUUGGUUGUGACCGAGCGGCACAGCCGCGAUCACCUGAUGAGAACCCUCAGCCUGGACACGGAGGAGGACGCGGCCGACCUGCCCACCCUCUCGCCCUGCUCCCUCCGGGCAUCCAAGAGCGACGGCACCCUGAAGAUGAUGAGCUUCAGCGGGAAGCACAGGAGGACCAAGCUGUCGCUGGCCUCCUGGAGCAAGGCCUUCUACAGCAUCCACAAGGAGACGGUCAAAAACCCGGUGACCCACACGCUGGCACCCAUGACUGUGGUCAAGAUGGACUACUCCAUCCAGCUGGGUCCCUUUAGCGCCGUCCUCCGCUUCCUCUACACGGGUGAGCUGGAUGAGAAGGAGAAGGACCUGAUGAAGAUUGCGCAAAUCGCGGAAGUCCUGGAGGUCUUCGACUUGAGAAUGAUGGUGGAAAACAUCAUGAAUAAGGAGGCUUUUAUGAAUCAGGAAAUCACUAAAGCAUUCCAUGUCAGGAAGGCAAAUAGGAUUAAAGAAUGCCUGGCCAAGGACACCUUUACAGAUGUCAUAUUCAGGUUGGACGAUGGAACCAUCAAUGCCCACAAGCCUUUGCUGAUAUCCAGCUGUGACUGGAUGGCUGCCUUGUUUGGCGGCUCUUUCUUGGAGAGUUCCAAUAACGAGGUCUCCUUCCCCAAUACCAGCAGGGUGUGCAUGCAGGCAGUACUGGAGUACCUCUACACCAAUCAGCUCUCUCCCAUGGCCGACCUGGACCCGCUGGAGUUAAUUGCCCUGGCUAACAGACUGUGCCUUCCCCGACUGGUGGCUCUGACAGAGCAAUACGCUGUGAGCGAGCUAGCGAAAGCUUCAAAAGAUGGACAGGAUAUCGAUGGAGAGGUCCUCACCUACCUGGAACUGGCUCAGUUUCAUAAUGCUAACCAGUUGGCUGCUUGGUGCUUACAUCAUAUCUGCACUCAUUACAACAGUGUCUGUGCCAAUUACCGAAAAGAAAUCAAAUCUAAAUCACCAGAGAAUCAGGAGUACUUCGAGAAGCACCGCUGGCCCCCAGUGUGGUACUUGAAAGAGGAGGACCACUACCAGCGGGUGAGGAAGGAGAGGGAGAAGGAGGACGUGGUCCACAGCAAGCACCACUCCAGACGCCGGUGGUGUUUCUGGAGCACCUCCGCCGCGGUCGCCUGAGCGACAGCACCCGGGCGGCGCCGAUGACACUUCACCAACUCCGCCCUAGUGUUUUUGUCUUAAUCUCCAGAGGGACAGACCUGUCAAUGCACUUUUUUUUUUUUUUAAAAUAAGAAGCGUGGGUUGUUAGUGCACUCGUCAGGUCUGAAGCACAAACCAUGUGUCCGAGCAGCACAUCAUCAGUGGAGCGUCAUCAUCAAUAUAGUCGUGUAGGCGGUUUAACUCCCACUUCUUCACACAU